CUCAUUGAAGAAGACAUUGCACAGAGCAAGGCGUUACCUACUGCGAUGCACUGAGAACGGGACUCACAACAAGACCUUUGACUGGAAUCUAGUUCUGUGUAGGCAACAAUGGUGCUCCCAUUCAUAGGCGCAGGCAUCGCAACCGGGAUAGGCACCCUUGCGGGGCUUUCGCUGGGACCCUACAUCUUUUCAGCUCUCACAAAGCCCACCAGCUACUACCUGUUGCGCGAGGAGGUGGACAAUGACCACAAGGUCCCGGCGCCGGAGCCGGGCCUGCUGGUGCAGACGCAGUACCGCAACGCGCUGCCGCUGCUGGAGCCCUGGGUCACCGACCCCGAUUAUGAGCGGACCUCCAUGAUCAACCGCCUGACGGCCACGGUGUGGCCCACGAUGACCAAGGCCAUCAUCGACAUGAUCGUGCAGGGCGACGUGUACAACACAGUGCUGUACCCGCAGCUGCAGGCGCAGGUGUUCAGCAAGUACGCGUUUGUGGAGGACAUCUUCCUGGGCCCGCACUCGCUCAAGCACGGCAAGAUCGACCUCAAGACCAACCCCUUCCUGGCCGACAAGCUGUUCACUGUGGGCGGCGUGGCUCCCCGCAUCGGCGGCAUGCGUGUGGUGCCCACCUCGGAUGACGAGGUACUGCUGGAGACGUCCAUGAUCUGGGGCAGCCAGGCGCAGUUCGACGUGCACGUGGUGCUGCGGUUCGGGCGGCUGCGGCUGGUGGUGCCGCUGCAGCUGGCCAACAUCAGCUUCAAGGUGCGGCUGUGUGUGUGUAUUGUGCUGGAGCCGGUGACCCUGCCGCUGCUGAACAAGCCGCUGGUGCCGGGCAUUGGGAUGGUGCUGCCCAACGCCAUGUCCUUCCCCAUCAUGCCCAAGUUCGGACUGCCCGACCCGCCCGUGGGGGCGCUCAAGGUGACCAUCAUCAAGCUGAACAGCAUCCGCGGCGGCGACGACCUGUACGUGCGCAGCGAGGUGCGCAAGGGCCGCACGCAGCAGACCCGCACCAUCGACAACUGCCGCGACCCCGUGUUCAACGAGGAGUUCAACCUCAUCGUGGACAGCUUCAAGGACGACGUCCUCAAGCUGCAGGUGUGGCGUGACGACAUGGGCUGGCAGGACACGCUGCUGUCGGAGGUGGAGGUGCCCUUCCGCAACAUGGUGUGCAACGCCGCCGGCAUCCCCGAGUUCGACGAGGAGGGCAAUGAGAAGUACACGAUGGCCGACUUCGUGAAGGAGACAAAGACGCUCACGCUCAAGCUGCGCCGCUACCGCAAGAACCGCGCCUCGAAAUCCGCGACCAUGGCGGGCAACCGCAGCCUCACCAUGGCCAGCGGCGCCGCGGCGCCCGGCGGCGCGCCGGCGCCUCCUCCUCCUCCCGAGAAGACCAGCUCGCGCCUCAAGCGCCUGUUCACGCUGAAGAAGAAGCCCAAGGAGCUGCCGCCGGCGGCGCUCUCGGGCGCCUCGGACAGCGAGCUGCAGGAGGGCCCGGCGGCGGUGCCCAGCGGCCGCAUACAGACCAUGGGUCGUGCGCCGAGCAUGGGACGGUCGGGCUCCGCCAUCGGCGGCGACGCGGUGGUUGACGCCAAAGAGGAGUGCGGCACCAUCACCGUCAAGCUGACGUUCAUCCCCUUCAACAAGCCCGAGUACGACGACAUCCAGGCUGAGCGCGAGGUCAAGUCCAAGGUGGCCGACCCCUACCGCUCCAUGUUCCCCGCGCCGCCCGGCCGCACCCUGGCGCUCAUGGGCGACGGCGGCGGCGGCGCCGCAUCGCCCCUGUCCACCGGUGUUCUGACGGUGCAGCUGGUCCGCUGCAUCGACCUGGCCCCCGAGGGCGCCAAGGACCUGGCCACCUACGUGCGCAUGCUGGUCACCAACGACACCAAGGACGAGGAGCAGACGUCCACUGUCAUUGUGAACGAGACGUCGCCGCGCUGGGGCGACAAGUUUGACUUCGUGCUCAUCCCCUCCAACUCCGAGCUGCACAUCCAGGUGUUCAACAAGCAGGGCAUGCUGGGCAACCUGGUGGGCUCGCUGUUCAACCGCAAGAAGGAGGACAAGGACCCCAUCCUGGGCAAGGUGCUCAUCCGGGUGGAAGACGUGGCACGCAACGGCCGCAUCAAGGAGACCUGGUCGCUGCAGGACGCGGAGCGUGGCUACAUCGAGCUGAACCUGAUCUGGCAGACAUGCCACGUCAGCCGCAACCAGCUCUAAGCCGCGGAGGGAGCAGGAGGUGCAAAGGUGGAGCGGCGGAGGCGCCUGGGCAGGGAGGGAGGAGGGAGGGAGAGGGCGCUGCUGGAGGGGGGGGGUAACUCUGAACCAAUCCCGUAAGGAAACAGUCGCGCUGCAAGGAGAAACUGCAGCCGCAUAUGCGAGCUGGAGGGGGAGGGCAUGUUGUGGAUGCAGGGGCGGUGGCGGGCGACGUGACUGACUGCUGCAUGGGGUGCGCGGGUGGCUAGGAGGUACAUAAGCGAGGGAGUGGUGGCUGUGCAGGCCGCGGCGCUCUGCGGCGCUCCGCAGGCUGCACGGGUGGGUGAGGUCAUGGCGGCGGUGCGGGGGAGGGUGGUUACGUGCGUGGUGGAGUGUGUGCAUGUUGGAGGGUGGCAUCGUUCCCGCUUUCGCUGAGCGCGGGCUCUCCUGGUAGGCUUGGGGCCCAAAUAAAAUACCGUUUGUGCGCUUCGUUUGUGGCUUGUGCACGUGACUAUCGGAUUGCAUAUGUGACUCGCUGCUCGAAAUCUUCCUGGCCGAUUGAGUAAUGCGCCAGCUGCUGCCGGCGCUGCUACGUACGGCUUGGUACGGAUUGUGACUUGGUGGGUUUCAAGAGCGGUCGUCUGGUCUGCUAGCUGACUGCCCAACCCCAAGGGCACACGGCUUGAUCUGCCCCGACGGGGUGGGGUGCAUGCGCCUCGUCACCGUGUGUUUGGGGGGGAUUCUGACAGCGUGGCCACAAGUCCGCGAGGGGCCCGGAGCCCAGGACUGCUGUGGCUGCAGCUGCAUUGCACAUGCGCGUGAGGGCGUGAGGGCAGCCGGUAGAGCUUGUGUGUGUGUGUGUGUGUGUGUAUAUAGCGGACAACAAGAGACGUCAUGACAGGGCUGGGCUGUCCUUUGACUGCCAGCCGCAGCUGCAGCUAUGUAAAUAAACGCGUAGCGGAGUCCGCGCAUGGACACACGAAUGCCAAUGUCCGACGCCCGUGCUCGGGCGCGUUCGUGUGUGUGAUGGGACAGGGUUAAGGCGGAUUGGUGAUUCCCGUAGGGUGCAGCUGAUUCCCAGGCCCCAGCAGAUGGCAAACUAUUUGCGACGGCAGCGCAUGAGCGCGCGGCUGCUCGAACGCCAAGCGUGUUCGUAUUCAUAGCUG